CAGCCUUGCAUCCCCCCCUCCCCGUUUCAGCUCAGGCUUCCCCCCCUCUCCUCUCCAUCUCUUGCAAUUGCUCCGGCUCCAUCCUCCCACGCCUUCCCGCUCCCACCCUCCCCCCUCAUCUCCCGGCAACGGGAUACUCCGAUCCACUUUCCCCUUUCAUUAAGAGGAUCGCCUCUCCUUUCACUCCGUCCCCUCCGUUUCGGCUCUCUUUUCCCUUUUCUCCUCCUCCUCCUCCUCCCGCUCCAUAGUUCAGGCUCUCACUUUGAUUCUCUCUCCUGCCUCCCCCCACUUGUUCUUCGGAGCCUCCCUCCAUCUCUCCCCCCUCCACCUGCUUCUCCCCUCUGCUCCGACCCCUCUUAUUUCACAGCAAUUUUCGGGAGGUGGUGGUGGUGGUGGUUCUGCCUCGGCUUGGAGAGCCGGGGAGGGGGGCGCCUGGCUGUAACCCCCUCCCCAUGCCUCUGACGCCCGCCCGCCUGCCUGCCGGUGUUGGAUGCUCCAAGGAGGAAGCGGGGAGGCCUCCCGGCUCUUUCUUCUGGGGGGUGCGCGGGGGGGCCGAGAUGAUGACUUGAUGCUUGGCUUUGCCAUGGAUGGGAUGACAUGCUUCAUGGUUGCCUUGGUCACGCUGCUGCUCUCUUGCCCGGGUCCACCUUGGUGCGUUGCCCGCCGCCUGGUGCUUCCGACGGGUCUCCCGGUUCUGCUGCCUCUGCUGCUGUCUCUGCAGGCCUCUCUGGCUUCCCCGGUAGCAGAUGACAUAUAUUUGGAACAGCAGAAUAUUUCUUCUCUUUUGCCGAGUCAAAGCACCAUGGGCAGUAUGACUCACGAAGCCUUAACAAAAAGCACAACGGAUCCCAAGGCAAAUAGUGUGUUUCCUGAGGGGUUGUUGUCACCUGGUACCUCUCCUGAGGUGACCUCACCGGACCAAGAAGGAACAAGCAGAGUCUCAGCUGGACAAAAUGUACCACUGUUGGAUACUUCGGUAACAAGCAACGAAGCCGUCUUAAGUAAUGAUAGAUUGAUCAGCUCCUUUCCAAAUGCACAACAAACCCCUUCAUUGAAAUCUUUUACAGAGGACUAUCAUUCAGGUUCCUUCCCAGUGAAAGCAACAAAAGAAUCCUUGCAAACUUUGCUGUUAGCGCCUUCAUUGCCUGCCAUCUCCUCGCUGGACUACCUGGAAACACUGCAAGCAACAUUGCAAAGGGCUGCCUCUGUCCCCCACGUUCCUCUGCCCUCUUCAAGGCCUUUUGACAUGGCAGAUGUAACUCUGACUCCGAGCAGAGACUUGCUGAUGUCCUCUACGUACUUAAGUUCUGUUGCAUCUGAGGCAGUGGAUGCAACGGUUGGAAAAGGAGGAGAGAGUUUGCUGUUUUCUGCGCAAUCCUCAGCAUCUUGGCUUUCGGAUACUACUCCGAAAGGGUCAUCCUUAUUCCUGAGACAACUCGGUGAGGCUGCCCAAAUUAUGCCAGACAUUUUGACAAGUACUGACACUUACACAGAAGCUCGCUAUAGUAUUAAUAGCAGUAGUGUUACAGGAACUCUAAGAAGCUCGUCUGUCCUGAACGUUUUGAAUGAAAUUCCUGUUUUGUUAACUAACACAGGGACUGAUACGUUUUCAGCUCUGCUCCCUUUCAUUUCUCCCCCUGCUUCCCCAGCUACACUUUUGACUGCCUCCAGUAGUUCUUUUAAUGAGGAAUUGUUUACACACGAGCUUUCCUUUCAAUUAUCCAGAAGUACAGCAUCAGUUUUGCCUGACGGUUCAGAGAAACAAACUCAAGUUGAGUUCUUCAGUGACGUCGCAAGCCCAGUGCCUUCCACUAGACCAUAUGCUUCAUGUUCUUACUGUGACUUCACCUCAGUUCUCUCAGAGCCAGUCUUUUCAGUGGCACCUUCAGAAAAUGAUGUGGGCUCAGGUGAUUAUGUUGAGACACCGUCAUUCACGGCCUCUGAGGUAAACGGUGUUGCGCCACUUACAUCCGUAGUUAGUGACUUUUAUGACCUGCAAGAGCCUCCUCCUGAAGUCUUCGAUACUACUUUCCCCUCAAGACCUGUUGUUUCAUUCUCUUCAAGGUUUACAGAAAUCUCCAUGUCAAAUGCUGUGGACAUUAGCCUUAAAAACAUAAUAUUUACAUCAGUUUUCCCUUCCUAUGGCCGGUCUUCUGAAAUAACAUCACUGGAGAGUGUUCCUGUCAGCUUUCCCUACUCUGUAACUGAAAUGGUUAUGUCUAGUGCAGUAGAACUAUCCUCUCUCUUUGCCACGGUUCCCCUUGAAUCUGCCUUCACCGAAAAUGUGAACACACCAUCCAUGACAAUCAGGAACUCAAGUCUGGAAAUAUCCGAAUUAAUGCCAUCAGAAUCUACCGUUUUCCUUAGCAAAACACUCGUGGGUUUUCCCACAGAAGAGCCUGUUGUAAAUAGAUCAGACAUUCCAUCCAGCCUUCCAUCAACACCUUUUCCCUCUGAGCCAAAUGGCUUCUCACAUUGGUCAUCUGCUAGGGCCACAUCAUUCUUGAUAAUGCCAAGUGAUUUGACAACAUCUUUACCUCAUGUUUCGCCGACAUUCCUUCCGUCAUCUGUGUUUCUCAACAGUUCUUCUAGCUGGGGUUCAGCUGAGCUCCCAGCUGUUGACAUCACAAGCAUAGAGGCACCCCAGACUUCUUCAUGGCAAACUUCAUUUUUUAAUUUGAACUCAUCUUCCGUUUCAGUCACACAUAGUUCUACAACUGUGCCAUCAUCAAGUCUCUAUACAAGCUCUAGGUUACUGGAACCAACAUCAAUCUUAGUGAUGGAAUCUGAAUUUUAUUUUACCUCACCUUCCACACAAGCUACCUCUCAGUUUGAGUCAUCACCCAUAGCUAUUGAUGCAACCGUCCCUACACUGGUGCUUCCCACCUCUGUCCCAGAGCCUGUUUUCACCAGCAAUAUAUUGGAGGAUGAAACGCAUGUGACCUCGUGGUUCACCUCACUGCAGGCAACCCCCAUCUUGACAUCCUCAUCCCUUUUAUCUACUAUUACCACAACUACUGUUGAGGAUGCUGGUGCUACUGCUAACCUCGCCUCGGUUUCCUCAUUUACUGAGGGAACUGAGACCACAAUGUUUUUUAGAUCUACCCCUUAUAUGCCACCCUUGGCUACGGAUGCGAGCAGUGUUACCGCUUCUGCUACUGAAUCAGUGGCCAUGGUGUCUUCAUCUGCACCUACAGUGGCGCCUCCAUCUGUGAUGACCCCUGUUGAAUCUGGACCUCCAACAAGAACUACUAGUGUAACUGAGUUUACCAGCAUGACAAUCUCUACUGCCACCACCUUUAGCAGCACAAUAGGCCUUUUGACAACUACCAGCAGUACACCAAGGUCAUCUACAGCACCUACCAAUUCUGCACUGGUCACGACUCCAGAAGUUACAGUGGCAACCAUUCCAGCUACCAUUCCAGCAACCAGACAGCCCUACGUUUGUGACAUCACGGUCCCUGAUAAAUAUAUAGUGAAAGCCGUUCUAGCUCGGAAACCUAUAGUAGAAAACAUCAGCGAAUCCAUCAAAGAAAUCCUGAGAGCUGAAUUUAGGAGGCUUGUUGAACUGGAGGUUUAUAGAUUUUCUCCCAAAUUCUCGUUUCUGGUGACCUCAGGUCCUUUUGUUUACACGGCAAUUGCUGUCAUCAAUGCUCUUGUGGACAGCAGCCUUCUACGCGGGCAGGUACCUCUCAUCUCAUCGCUACAACCUUCUUUCCCUGUUCCAGACCGCAAGUUUCACGUGCAGACUGUGCUUCAGUUUGUGCCUCAAAGUGUUGACGUUAGGUUCUGUAACUUCAGCCAGCACAUUGAAAAAGGGCUGACAAUUGCAUUUGGGGAGGUGAGAAAACAUCACCAGGGUAUUUCCAACUUCAGUGUUCAGAUACUGAAUAUAACCCUGGGUAAAUCUAGAGCAGUGUUUCGGCAGGGCCCUGUGCAAAUUGUGUUUGCCAUCCAAGAGAAACACAGAUUCUUGAACGGGUCCGAAGUCAGUGAGCUGCUAAGGAACCUCUCUGUGGUGGAGUUCAGUUUCUACAUGGGCUUCCCUGUGCAACAGAUUGCAGAACCUGUUUAUUACCCUCAGUUGAACACAACUCACUUGAUGAAAUCUUCCUGGGUAAGAACAGUUGUCCUUGGUGUCGUCAACCAGAAAAUUCAAGAGGAAGUUUUCCAGGCUGAGAUGGAGCGGAAGUUAGCCCAGUUGUUAAGUGAGGCCUUGGGCAGAGGGCGGAUAUGGAAAAGGGCGACUUUUGCUGGGAACAACGUUGUGCAGAUCGUGAACGUGUCACGCAUAGAGGAAGCCGACAGCCCAGUUAUGCUGGUGUAUUUUGUGGAGGACCAAGAUGGAGAAAGGCUUGGUGCUGUGAAGACAUCUGACCUGAUUAACAGAGUCGAUAUUCAGAGGGCUGCCAUCAUUCUAGGAUACCGCAUUCAAGGCCCAGUGGCCCAGCCUGUGGACAGAGUCAAAGAGUCACCUCCAGAGUCACAGAACAACCUCUGGAUUAUUGUUGGUGUUGCAGUCCCAGUAGCUGUGGUGUUGCUGAUCAUCAUCAUUUUAUACUGGAAGCUCUGCCGCUCUGACAAGCUGGAAUUUCAGCCGGACACCAUGAGCAACAUUCAGCAAAGACAGAAGAUUGAGAGUGCAGCUUUCUCCAACCUGUUAUGCAAUACAGACAAGCUGCAAGCCCCCAGUGUGAAGGGCUUUGAUUUUGCAAAGCAGCAUUUAGGGCAGCACAACAAGGAUGACAUCCUGAUCAUACAUGAGCCAACUCCUCUACCGGGACCAAUUAAGGACACCACACCCUCCGAAAACGGUGACCUGCCGAGCCCCAAAGCAAAGAUCUCUUCAAAGCCAUCCAAGAAUGUCCGACACAGAGGGAGAGUUUCCCCAUCAGAUGCUGACUCCACAGCAAGUGAGCAGUCCAGUGGCCGAGAAACAGGAGAAGGGCCUGCAAGACCACAGAUAGCUGCAAACGAAGUGAAGCCACACAGAGUCAACAAGUCUGGAGUAAACCGAGUGGGCCCUCCGCAGAUCAGCAAUGGAACAGAGCAACACUCUUCAGCCUCCAUCUUUGAGCAUGUGGACAGAAUGUCACGUUCCUCAGAGGUCAGCCGAAGGGUUCCUAGCAAGAUCCAGUUGAUUGCCAUGCAGCCAAUUGCAGCACCUCCGAUUCAGAACCAGCCACUUGCUGACCGAGUAGCAGAGACCAACAAGAUUAACAAGGAGAUACAGACAGCUCUGAGGCAUAAAUCUGAAAUUGAGCACCAUCGCAACAAGAUCAGACUUCGAGCCAAGCGCAAAGGACACUAUGAGUUUCCGAUCGUGGAUGAUAUGGUUAUCAUCGACACCAAAGAGCAGCAGAGAAUGUACCGCAAGGCGCAGAUGCAGAUAGACAAGAUCUUGGACCCUGGAGGCAAUAUGCCUACUGUCUUCAUAGAACACAGAAAGAGUUCUCGAGCCAAACGUUCUCCGAAGCAGCGUCGGAGGCAUCAGAUUAAUGGAAGUCCCAUGGAUGCGGACAAGGACCGGCUCAUUACAACUGACAGCGAUGGGACUUACAAGAGACCUCCAGGAGUCAACAACUCUGCAUAUAUUUCUGAUCCUGACCUUCCUGCCGAACCCCAGACGCCUUCUUCAACUGAUUUGGGGAAGUACUCAGGCCUCCCCCCGCACCCUGCCCAAUACAUCCCUCCUCAGCCAUCCAUUGAAGAGGCCCGGCAGACAAUGCAUUCUCUCCUGGAUGAUGCCUUCGCCCUGGUGGCCCCGAGUAGCCAAGCAUCCAAUUCUGCUGCCAUCACGCACUCCGGAGGGUCAGCGGGGCAGCCCACAAACACUCCUGUUCGAGCAGCGAGAGACACUCCCAGCAGCCAGUGGGGGUCACCGUACGGUCAAACACACACAAGAUACAUGGAAUUUGGGGUGACUCCUCCAACAGCUCCAGGCCUGCUACAGAGGCAAAACCUGGGCCCAGGUUUCCUUCCCCCGGUCGAAUUAAUGCACCCAGACCAGCAGCCUUCUGAUGUUCAGUAUUCCACAAGGGGGAUCUACCCGGAGGAAAUGCCAUCCGUGGCCCGGCCGCGACCAGUUGGAAGCACCGCAGGUUCUCAGAUACAGCACCUCACUCAGGUGGGAAUUGCUAGCAGGAUCGGAGGUCAACAAGUGGAGAUCCCCUCAGGCAGAGCAGGGCAUGGCCAGCUGGGGGAACCCGGGUGGCCCCCGUAUCGUGGAGAGGAUGAAUAUGCUAGGAGAGAAGCAACACAUACGCCUGGACAUCAAGAAUAUUCCUCCUCACCAGUAUUCCAGAUGCCGAGGACUUCGGCCCGACAGCCCUCAGCUCCUCCUGUGCAGCUUCCACACAGCAACCACCAGGGCCCGGGGCUCUGCUACAACACCAGCUCCACUGAGGACCUGCAGCCAGGUCACUCAUCGGCCUCUCUCAUCAAAGCAAUCCGAGAGGAGCUCCUCCGCCUCUCUCAGAAACAGACCGUUGUGCAGAACUUCCACAGCUGAUUUGCCAUGUCGCUGCAAAUCUGCCAAGUGUAUCUGCUUCCCGUGGAAGCUAGACUCACAGGAAAUCAGCAGGAGCCCUGUUCUUCUGUCAGAGGAAUGAGUGUG